AUGUUUCUCUGCUGCACAGUUAAAAAUGGACUGAGGUCUUUGGUCAAGACCUCAAGAGCAGCCUUUUGAUCUAAGACUUCACUCAAGGAAAAUCAGAAGGAAGUAAACCAAACUGUGCAGUAUAAAACAGAGGAUCAAUCUCAAGGAAAUAAGAGAGGGUUCAGAUUUUAUCCAUUUAUAUAUGGAGCAAACAUAGUUCUUUUAGGAGCCCUGUUCUCUGAUCUCAAAGAGAUAGGUACAAAAUAUGAUAAAAUAAUGGGAAAAGCUUUGCAUGAGCUUAAACCAGGGCACAGAAUAUUAUAUGAAAAUAAUACCAUAACAGAUACAAAUAAUUUAGAUGAAAAGGAGAAACAAUUUCUAGAAUGAAUGAGCCAGAUUUAUAGAGGAACUAUUUCAAAUCGGAUAUAUCCAAAAUUGUGGCUUUUCCCAGCUCUGAAUAUUCUUGCUCUUACAUUUCAGUUAAAAUAUCAUAGAGCAAAAGGAUUUUGGUAUUGUUCAGUCUUUACUACCUCAAUAUGUGCAUUGUGGGUUGGAAUUAUAAGUUAUUGGGCAAUGAAAAGCAUGGUAUCUUUUAGGAAUGUAACAUCAGAUUUGCCAGCAAUUCAUUUUAAUCAUCGACCAGAAGAAAAAUCACAGGAUCUUCUUGAUAUUUCUAAAAAGGAUAAAAAUUUAGAGUAAACUAUUCCAAAUUCAAUUAAGGCAAA